UUGGGGGACAAUCAGGCUGGGCCGGGGCGACUGACUUCAUGACGAGAGUCUGCCUCUGCCUUAAGUCCUCUGCUGGACACUGGGAAGAGAAGAAAGAACCUCCUGUGGACCCCAGGCUCGUCCUGGAGCGUGGCCUUGUGUCGGCCAGGGAGGGCACUGAGCCUGCUUGCCGCUGCCCACCCACCCACCCACCCGGGCGGGAGCCAUGGAUAAAUUCCGCAUGCUUUUCCAGCACUUCCAGUCCAGCUCGGAGUCGGUGAUGAACGGCAUCUCCCUGCUGCUGGCCAUGGUCACGGUCAAGCUGUACUCCUCCUUCGACUUCAACUGCCCCUGCCUGGCACGCUACAAUGCCCUCUACGGCCUGGGCCUGCUGCUCACACCCCCGCUUGCCCUUUUCCUCUGUGGCCUCCUGGUCAACCGGCAGUCCGUGGUGAUGGUUGAGGAGUGGCGCCGGCCCGUGGGGCACCGGAGGAAGGACCCUGGCAUCAUCAGGUAUAUGUGCUCCUCUGUGCUGCAGAGAGCGCUGGCUGCCCCUCUUGUCUGGAUCCUGCUGGUCCUCCUCGAUGGGAAGUGCUUCAUAUGUGCCUUCAGCAGCUCUGUGGACCCUGAGAAGUUUCUGGAUUUUGCCAACAUGACCCCUGGCCAGGUGCAGCUCUUCCUGGCCAAGGUGCCCUGCAAGGAGGAUGAGCUGGUCAGAGACAGCCCUGCCCGAAAGGCCGUGUCUCGCUACCUGCGGUGCCUGUCACAGGCCAUCGGCUGGAGUGUCACCCUGCUGCUGAUCGUGGCGGCCUUCCUGGCCCGCUGCCUGAGGCCCUGCUUCGACCAGACAGUCCUUCUGCAGCACAGGUACUGGAGCAACUAUGUGGACCUGGAGCAGAAGCUCUUCGACGAGACAUGCUGUGAGCAUGCGCGGGACUUUGCACACCGCUGCGUGCUGCACUUCUUUGCCAGCAUGCAGAGCGAGCUGUGGGCAAGGGGGCUGCACCGGGACACAGCAGGCAGCAGAGACACCGAGCCCCCUGAGUUGCUGGAACCCCCAGACGGUCUUGACGGCAGUGGCGGGAAGGCCUACCUGCGUGCCAUCUCCAGCAGGGAGCAGGUAGACCGCCUCCUGAGCACCUGGUACUCCAGCAAGCCGCCCCUCGACCUCACAUCAUCCUCUGCACUCCGGGGUGGUGGCCUCAGCCACCGUGUCCCCACGGCAGCCCCAAGCACCAGGCUGGCCCAACAUACCAAUGUGUAGGGAGCCUGCUAAGCCUGACACUGGCAACGUCCCCAUGUGGAAAACUGCAAUGAAAUGAUCUGGGGUCUUCCCAGUCUGUGGGGACUACCAGGCAGGAUGGCCUAAGCUACUUUCCCAAAUAGCCAAUCUCUUGCCUCAUUUCUGGGUGUGGCCUCCCCGGUGCACUACAGCAAUGCUUCACAAAAGUUAAUGUGCCCACGAUUCAGGGCAUGUUAGUAAAUGCAGAUUCUGAUUCAGUGCAUCCAAGAUGAGGUCGGAAAUGCUGCAUUUCUAACAAGCUCCCAGGAGAUACUGAUGCUUCUGGUCAGUGGGCAACACUUGGAGUAGUAAGUGUCUAAUUAGAUCUGCAGUGAGUUCUGAAUUUCAAAUAAAUAAUAAUAAUAAUAGUAGCAGCAUAUGCUUAUAUGGUGCUUAACAUUUGUCAGACAUUGUUCUAACUUCUUCAAAUAUAUUAACUCACGUAAUCCUCAUAAUUACCUUUUGAAGUAGAUAUGAUCAUUGGACCCCUUUUUUAUGAAAAAAAAUGUCAUAAAAAAGUUAAGUUGCCCAAGUUCACAUAAUGUAAGAGGUAGAAUUUGAGCCCAGGGGGUCUGACUCUGGAGCCUGCUCUGUCUGAGUUACUACAUCAGUCAGUCUGCUCCCUACUUUAUUUUGUUUGUGUGUUUGAUUUCAGUGUUCUGGUUGGGUUUCCUGCAGCUUUUACCAAGGUUAUCUUAGUAAUUUCUAGAAAAUGCUGCUUGUUGAUGUGGAAAACAGUUUGAUAGUUCCUCAAAAAGUUAAAUAUAGAAUGACCAUAUGACCCAAUAACCCCACUUCUAGGUAUAUACCCAAAAGAAUUGAAAGCAGGGACUCAAAUAGAUAU